GCUUUCUGUAUCUUUCAGAUGCCAAUCGGCGCUCCCGACGACAGUUCGUCUGAGAUGGCAGACAUCCAAAUCUACAUUGUAUACUUUCUAUCUUCUCCUACUCGCCGUUAUUCGUUUCUGAUUCUUAAUCUCAGUACUGCGCUCUCAAAAAUAGCCUCAACGCCUCUUGCGAUUCUCGUUCCUGCUCUUUGGAGGUUCCUUCCAAAUGGGAUAUUGUCCAUCAUCAAUAGACGAGGCGUAGGCGCAUCAGGCACUCACGAAUAUCCCUCGGGGCAUUUCGAGGGAUACAGUGAAUCUCCUAGCUAUAUGCUCCUCCUCGAGUCUGUCCUGCAUAUGCCUAAUCAAGAGUGCCUCUAG